UUAAGGCUCUUAUAAUCCAUAACAAUCCACCUCCUGAAAAAACUUGUUCUGAACUUCCGACUGUAUCUUCUUCUCGCUGACUGCAUCUCAGCCACUGGUGCAAUUUUAGACCACUAGAUUCAUACUAGAGGGUCACUGCCUAGAACCCAAAGGGUGGAUAGUUCGCGGAUCGCUGCAAGAAAACACAAACCCAGAUUGCCAAACUGGAUUUCCUUCUUCUGUACUUUUCUGUGAAAUAUCUGUGAGACCACAGUACAAUUAGAAAUUGUGAAAUCCUCUUCCCUUGAAAUUAAUUAUAAACCUCAACACAAGAGUCUUUGGACAUUCAACAUCUUCAUGGCUAUUACCUCAACACCUGCAUUGUUUAUUAGCAUACUUCUCUCCUUAGUCCUCAUUUCUUCUGCUCAAUCAUGCUCAAAAUACACCUUUCCAGGUAAUCAAGCAUUCAAUUCUUGCAUCGACCUCCCUUUCCUAGAGGCUAAUCUCCAUUGGAACUACAUUCCAUCCACCAGAACUGUUCGCAUAGCAUAUAGAGCCAAGCAAACUUCUACAGGAUGGAUUGCAUGGGCAAUCAAUCCAAAUGGUGCAGGCAUGGUUGGAUCACAAGCUCUUGUUGCCUUUCAUAAUUCUAAUGGGAGCUUGACUGCCUAUCCAACCCCAAUAACUAGUUAUACCACAUCAAUGCGACCAGGAGCUCUCAGCUUUCACGUGUCAAACAUCUCUGCAACAUAUGCAGAUAAUCAGAUGACUAUCUUCGCUGUGCUGGGCCCUCUACAAAAUGGAACUGCUGUUAAUCAUGUCUGGCAAGCUGGGAAUUCAGUUAUAAAUGACAUCCCUUCGAGUCAUGCUACAACAGGACCAAAUAUUCAAUCAAUGGGGACAUUGAAUUUUCUUUCAGGAUAGAAGAAAAUAUUGGAGGGGGAAGCUUGAAACACCUGUGUAUUCUAGCCUCCCUGUGUUCAACUAGUCCAAGUACAUCUGCAGGUUUCCAGAUUUAGUCAUUUAUUCCAUCGCACUGUCAUUAUGAGCACAUGUUUUCAGGUCUUCGUCUCUGCAUAAUAAAUAGUGAAAUCACGUAUCUGGCAAAUCCUAGUAGGUUCACUGUUCCAAGUAUCAUGAACGCUUCCGUUUUCCAAGUACUCUACAA